GGCCCAUGGCCCGUGUAGAUGCACAGUGUUGUGUAGCAUAUAAUAAUAGUACAAAAUAUUAGCCAAGAAGCGAUUUGUUUUCUGGUGGCCUUCCGAAAUUCUCGCACCCGUUUUGAAAUUUCUUCUCUUUGUAAACUUCAAUGGCAAGAGGACAACGUAGCCAUGGUAGCUUCUUCUUCAACCCACAGGUGAAAAUGGCCACCACUCAGAUUUCUGGCUUUUGGGAUGUGUCUUGCACUAUAAUUAACCGUAGCCCGCAAUUUUUUCGACUUUGUUCGUCAGAAGUAAUGGAUGGGCGAAGACAUUCCGUAGAUGUUCCCAUAUCGAGAACACUCGUAGCUCUUAGGAGAGUGAGGUCCCUCCGUGACCCGUCUACUCACUCCAUGAGCAAAUUGUCACCUUUGAUCGACAGUUUAGAUUGGGAAAUGAAUCCGGAUAAUUACGGUUUGGGCAGCCGAGAAUUAUAUUACGGUUCGAGACAAAAUCAAUCAGAGAUAAUUCGUGAAACUAACACGACGAUGGAAAAAAUGCUCGCCGAUCACAAUGAUGAUAGUAGUUCGUGUGACGAACGGGACGAAUUCUCGAAGCAAAACGAGAAAAGAGUAUCAGAGAUAGUUCGUGAAACUAACAUGAGGAUGAAAAAAAUGCUCGCCGAUCGUGAUAACAGAAGUUCGUGUGACGAACAGGACGAAGUCUCGAAGCAAAAUGAGAAAAGAGUAUCACAGAUAGUUCGUGAAACUAACAUGAAGAUGAAAAAAAUGCUCGCCGAUCGUGAUAACAGAAGUUCCUGUGACGAACGGGACGAAUUCUCGAAGCAAAAUGAGAAAAUAGAAGAUAAUUUCGGUGGAUCUAAGCAUUCAAAGCUUGGAAAAUCGUAUAAAUCAACAAAUGGCGAUGCUUUGAGCCGUUUGGGAAGUCCUUGCUCGUACUCUAUUGGUGAAAAGAUUGGUUUUACGGGUUCUUGUCAUCAGGGGUGCGGGAUAAGAAGCUGUUGGUCUAGGACAAAGAGAUACAGGGAAUCGAAUCUCGUUAGUUAUGACAAUGAUGUUCUUGAAGAGCAGCCUCUUCUUCUAACCGGAGAAAGUCCAUAUAUAGAAAGUCCUACAAACCUCUGUCAAAAGUACAUGCCGAAAUCAUUUUCCGACUUGGUCGGGCAAAGCUUUGUGGCAACUUCUCUUCUGAAUUCGAUCUCCAAUAAGCAGAUAAGCUCUCUGUACAUCUUUCACGGGCCGCGCGGCACUGGAAAAACAUCGGCCUCGAGACUAUUCGCCGCUUCUUUAAACUGUCACUCGCGGAACAUCAUCUCGAACGAGCCUUGCAGCUCGUGUCACGAGUGCAGCUUGCUUUUCUCGGGAAGGAGUCGGGAUUUUCAAGAGCUCGACCCCUUAAGAAUCAACAAAAUCGGACGGCGUAAAUCAAAUGUGUUAAGCAUGUGGGCCCCACCGGUUUCUUCUAGUUUCAAAGUUUACGUUUUGGACGAGUGCCAUCUCUUGCGUGGGGAGACGUGGGCAGAUUUGCUGAGCUGGCUUGACGGGCUCCCGAGGAAUAAUGUCAUUUUAGUAAUGCUGACACCUAAUCUCGAUAAAGUCCCCUGUAGUGUGGUGUCUAGGUCUCGAGUGCACCGUUUUCAGAGAGUUAAGGAAGCUGAUAUUGUGGGCCAUUUGAGAAAAAUAUGUGUCGAGGAAGGUAUCGAGUUCGAGGAGGAUGCUUUGAGUUUCGUAGCGAAUAAAUCCGGUGGUUCGGUUCGGGAUUCGGUUAUGAUGCUCGAUCAGCUGAGUUUGCUCGGGAAGAAGAUAACCGUGUCUUUAGUUUGUGAAGUGCUGUGUUUGCUGACACAGAAUGGAGUUGUCUCUAAUGACGAGCUGCUCGAUUUACUCUAUCUAGCAUUGUCUUCUGAUGCUUCGAGGACUGUGAAAAGGGCUCGAGAGCUAAUGAGAUCAAGAACCGAGCCUUUGCAACUCGUGUCUCAGCUGGCGAAUCUCAUAAUGGACAUUCUUGCCGGAAAAUUUCCAGACAGUGCUUCUUCGGAUGUCACAAGGAAGCUUUUCGGAAUGGAUAAUUCCGAAGCCGACAUGCAUCAACUCAGUCACGCGUUAAAAAUACUUUCACAAACCGAGAAACAGUUGAGAACGUCUAAAAAUCAGACGACAUGGCUCACCGUGGCUCUUUUACAGCUUAGCUCUUCCCAUAAUGACUCGACUGAUUCACGGUUAAGCAUGAGAACGUUAAACCCGCCAGAGGGUGAAUUUCACAGCACAUCAUCGACUUGGGAGAGCUUGAAGUGCUCUGUUGCAUGCGCUUGUGACGAGGAUGAAUCCGAAAAAAAUCGAACAAAUGACGAUAAAGAAACUUUCGAGUUGAUCUGGUCAAGAGCCGUUGAUAUUUGCACACCUCGUUCUUUCAGGAAGUUCCUCCGAAAACGUGGGAAUUUGGUCGAUAUUCGUCUCGUGCAUGGUACAACAGUAGCCGAAUUGGAAUUUAACCAUCCGGAUUACGUGUCGAAAGCUGAAAAAUCAUGGAAAGUGAUAGCAAGUGCACUUCAGCUUGUUCUUGGCUAUAACGUCGAGCUAAGAAUAAACCUCGCAAAUAAUGAAACAAAUAAGCAUUCCACCAAGUCGAAAGGGCCGUACUUCGGCUUGUUCAAUUGCUCACGAAAAGUGCAUCUCAAAAACAAAAAGUCUCCCUCAUCCGAAGAAUGUAAAAGUAGUAGUAACAAUAAUAAUAAUACUUCAGAAAACUCUGAUCCGACUAAUACAAACUUAACGAGGGAUAAAUAUGUCGAAACGUGUUCUUCCGAGUACGAGUCCCGAGCAGCGAACCCAUGUUGUCAUGGAAAGGAGCUGUUCAAGACCAUUAGGGGCAAAGAUGGAAAUGCACUUAGCAUUGGGAUGAUUAGCACGCCCAGAAAAGUCUGCCUGAAUUCAGUCAGAACCGAGCCCAAAAGUAAAAACGGGUAUGUUUUCAGCCCCUUAUCCUGUACAUUAAUCGAAAAAACUUCAAAACAGUGAUAAUAAUGUUAGUCGUAUUAAAGUAUUGUUGCGAAACAAUGAUUUUGUGGGUACAUAACUUUCAAAGACUCAAGCUUUUCUUUCUUUUUUUUCCUUUGCUUCAGCUG